UUAUCUCAUCAAAGAUAAUCAUACUUAAAGUGGAAAUCAGAUGUUUCGAUAUUCAUCAAUUUAUUCAUCGAUUUGUUAAUCUCAUAACUGAUAAUAAUGAUUUUAUCUCUCUCCAUGAUUCAUUUAUUUGUUUCAAAACUAUUUUCUACCCAGUGGAAAAAGAUAUUUUAAAAAUAAUUCUCACGAUAGGAACGGUCUACAUAAUAUAUAGCCUAGAACAACUUUAUCGUCAAUGUUCUUUGUUGUCAAUUGUUAUUGUCAAUUGUUGUUGUCAAUUGUUAUUGUCAAUUGUUAUUGUCAAUUGUCAUUGCUAAUUGCUUAACUGAUGUACUAUUAUACUGCUGUGCGCAGACGUUUAUUGAUGAGCUAAUGCACUGCUGUGUAAACAAUAGUGCACAUAUCUGUUGAUAAGAAUACCAACAAACGGGAAUUCUUUUAGAGCCUGUUAGUGUUACGUAUAUAAGAAUUAAAUUAUAUACAUUAAAUAAUUGAUAUCCUUUAUGAAGGAAAUAUUUGUUUAAGCGAGAUUGAAUGUAAUCUUAUCCGAGUACUUUGCCUGGAAAUAGAAUUCGCCAUGUACCUACAUAUAGUUCGUGCAGAGAAUUCAUCGUCAGUCAGCAUCCGUCGUUCACGACUGCAGGAGCCGAAUUUAGUCGUUCCCUUCACGUUCCUAAUACGCGUUUAGCUGUAACUGAUUCGGCAAAUAGUUAGUCAUUAUCAGUUUGAGAUGGCUUUGGACGCUUCGCAUCUUUUUACAUACGAUGAGACUCUUACUACCACUAUUGUUUCUGACGGUACUGGCGUGUACCGCGUGUGAUGGUCUACGAAUUCUCGCCCUGUUCCCGCUGAAUGGGAAGAGUCACUGGGUCAUGGCUGAGGGACUGUUGACUGGCUUAACAAAACGGGGCCACCAGAUCGACGUCGUCACGCACUUUUUAUUAAAGAACCCGCCGGCGAAUUACAAGGAAAUCUCGGUGGACGGGAUCCUGGAGACUGUGGUGAACAACAUGAACGCGUCCAGUCUCUCAUCAGGACUAAAUCAGAACAUGUCGUAUUUGGUGAACAUAGGCGGUGACAGGGUGUGCGAGCUGCUGAAAUUACCGCAACUUCAAGAAGUGAUACACAGAAACUCGAAGAGUCCUAAGUACGACGUCAUUAUUGUCGAGGUACGUUUUUCUCGAAAAUUAUCAAAAUUGUUACAAAAUAUUUUGCCAUCACUAAAUGAAGUUCACCUUUUAAUAAACUAUUGGACAUAAUUGCGUACCAAAAAUUAUGCAAGAAUACAAUAGUAUAUUGUGUACCAAGGGCGUAAAGUGGAAUUUUUUUAGACCGACUAUUGCAACCACACGAGGUCAAAAGCCUACUUAGUUCUUGGUGCACACCACAUUUUGCAAACAAUGCUUAUAAUUAUUAUUAUUAUGAUCUCAACGAUUGCUGCAAUUUGUUAAUGGCAUGGUUAGUAUUUGUUGGAGGAAGCUACGUAAAAAACUGACAUUGGAAUUCUUUUCUAUCUAUGAAUCAUAUUUUAAAAGGCCACAUAACGAACAGCAAUGAAUACACUGUCGUAUGCAAUGUCGAUUUUAUACAACUCGUGGAUACAAACUCGCACUAAGUUUGAUAUAUCAUACUUUCUUAUUAAUAUAAAAUGUGUCCUGCAACGUAUGAAAGAAAUGUUAAUCUAUCUUCAACUUAUGCAUCGAGAACGAGGUUUCAAUGAUAAAGCGUAAUCGAGGUAAUUCAAGUGGAACACCUGAUAAUGAAACCACAAUCCAGUUUCUAAUCGAUCGAGACUCUAAUUAAAAGUCAACAACAAAAGAACGAGUGAUGAUACAAAUCGUGAUCAAACUAAACUGAUUAAUCAGGCAAUUCCAUUAUCUAUUGUUAAUAUAAUUUGUACAACGAUAAGAGAUCUCGUUUUUCUCAUAACAGAAAUAUUCUUCGUCUUAUAAAUUAUUUUGUGAUCCUGCAAAAGUAACACUGAUACACAGUGACUAAUAAAUAAGACUGACAAAUUAAUAAAGAGCAUACAUGGUUAGUAUGCUCUCUGUAUUUGAUCCUAUAAUUUUGAUUCAUUACGCAAAGUCAUGCAUCAAUUAACGUUAAACAGAUUCACAAUGGCUGAUAAAUAAACAAUAAUUAGUCUGUAUUACCAUGCAUGCUUCCUGCGUUUGAUUUCGUUACAUCAGUAAUAGAAUACCCCAUUUUUAUCCCCCAUUUUAUUAGAAAUGUUCUUCUAUUUCUAAAUAAUUUUGAAGCAGCAAUAGCAAUAAUUUAUUUAUCUCUGCUACUUGUAUAAUUUUGAUUCUUUACGUAAAGCAGUAGCAUCAAUGAACGUUAAACAUAUCCACAGUUGCUGAUAAAUAAUCAAUAAUUCAUUUGCCUGUACUACUAGUCGUAUGCUGCCUACGUUUAAUUUAGUCGUUUAUUAAGACUUUCUUUACGUAAAGCUAGACACCAAUUAACGAUAAUCAGACUCGCAUCAUUUAUCCGAUUCGAAAAUAUCGAGUCGCGAUAAAAAAUAUGUGACGCUUUAUCACCAGAGUUGACAAUGUGCAGGCCAUUUAUCUUUACAGAUUUUAGUCCGCAUGCUAGUAAUGCAGGGAGUGCAAACGCUGUGCAAACAAAAUGAGUUUGCACUCCAUGAUGCUGUUUACUUUCGUGCUCAACUAUCCGAAGUUCGAACGUUCAAAAAUGCUACCUAGACAAAACUUUUACGCAUUACUACUUGCUCUCAAAACUGUUAUUUCUAAAUCGAGUUAAACUGAUUGAGAAGUUUUAAAAAAUGCACUGUUGCUUGUUAAAAUACAAGAAACCAGUAAUUCAAUCAGCCCCAUGAAAUACAAAAUUCAUGUGAAAUAUCUACCAAUCCUAAUCUACUAUCAGAACAGUUGUAUCAUAAAUCGAAAAAUAAAAAGAGAGAUGAAUCAGGA